AUGAAGAAAGAACUUUCAAUCAUCAGCAAAACCUUCAAAGUUGAGACCUGCGAAGGUGGCGACCCAAAGUUAUUCAGUCAACUUUCUACCUGGGAAUUACUUAACCUUAAAGUCUCAAUUAUAGCUACUCCAGAUACCCCUGAUAGACUACAAAAGGAGCAUGGUAUCUCGUCGAAGUUUUUACAGGACUCGUUCGGAAAAUAUAGCAUUCAAACAAUUGGAAAUGACGCCCUCGAAAAGGAGUUUGAAAUUAAUAAACCGGUACAAUAUAUGGUAUCUGCCACUAAGCAUUAUUCGUGGCCAAAGGCUGCUGCCAUCACGGGUAUUGGCUCUGAAAACGUCAUCAAUGUUCCCGUAGACAAAGUGGUAGCAAUCAUUGGCACGACGGAGGAGGGUGCCGUUGAUCCACUCGCUAAGGUUCUCAAGCUCCGCAAAAAAUACCAACGCCUCGGCAUGUCAUUCAUCGUUCAUGCUGAUGCUGCUUGGGGAGGCUACUUUGCAUCUACUCUUCCGCCAAAACGGGCAAAGGGUCAGCCCGAUAAUUCUCCAGACGAGGGUGACUAUGCAGCAAUUCCUCUACGAAAAGAGACAACAAAACAGCUGCUUCAUUUGCACCUCGCAAAUUCAAUAACUAUCGAUCCGCACAAGACCGGAUAUGUUCCAUAUCCAGCUGAUGGAACAAACAGCAAGCCCGCCGCCGCCGCCGCCGCAGGUGCAACCUUUCUAUCACAUAAGGUAAUCGGCUUGAACCAACAUGGAUAUGGUGGGUUACUCGGCGAAACCGUUUUUACUUGUAGCAGGCUGUCCGCGCAUUGGGCUCCGAUGGAAAAUAAGAAAUUCAUCGUCGUCCCUUUAAAUACGCCCCCAUCAGAGGAGACCGAAGGGCCGGUUAGAGCUGAUGCUCUUGACAAAGAGAAGCAAGAAAUCCGGGACCGUAUCCUCAAAAGGACGAACUGGGAGGUAUCUCAAGAUACCUAG